UCAUUGCGAUUAUCAUCAUUGAAAUAGUUAUAUGCAGGAAAUCCAAUUAUUUCUAGAGCUUCAUAAGAAAACAGGGAAUACCCAAGUGGUAGACGACAACAAGAAAGUUAUUGUCGGCGACCUCGGUCAAAAAUACAUUGACCAUGUCCGUGCAACAAUUUUGUUUGCGCUGGAAUAAUCAUCAGCCGAAUUUUAUUUCGGUAUGCUCUUCAUUGCUUCAUAAUGGAACACUAGUGGAUGUAACGUUAGCAGCAGAAGGUCGCCAACUUCAGGCUCAUAAGAUUGUACUCUCUGCUUGCAGCUCUUAUUUUCAAACACUGUUUACAUCGAACCCCUGUCAACAUCCAAUAGUGAUACUAAAAGAUGUGCAGUAUGACGAUCUUAAAACUAUGGUCGAUUUUAUGUACUAUGGUGAGGUGAAUGUAUCACAAGAGCAGUUACCACAUAUUCUAAAAACGGCCGAGAUGCUUAAAAUAAAAGGACUUGCUGAAAUGCCCACCGAUCCUGCCAAUUUAACUAAAUCCGAAAAUAAAUCAUCGAAUGAGCCCGCCGAUCUUGUGGGCAGUGGUAGUACUGGUAGCAAUGGUCAAAGCAGCAGCGGUGUAGCGAGCGGUGGCUUGGGUAGUAGUGCUGGUGGUGGCAGCAUGAGUGACUCGCUGUGGGAGCAACAGCAUCAUCAUGGACAACAUAGCGACACCCAGUUUCAGUCCCAUCACCAUCAACAACAACAACAACAAAAUAGUCAAACGCAAACAUCACAGCAGCAACAACAGCACCAUCAGUUAAGGCGAACUCCGUCGCCAUUGGGCUCGGGAGCCUCCCCAGCUACUAGACGAAAGCGGCUUCGCAAAUCCUCAAACAAUGGAUCUGGCGAUCGCACAAAUUCGGAAGAACAGCACAAUACGUCAUUGGAUAGUGGAAACACCGCUGGCGGUAUAAGUCUCACACAAAUGGGCCAAAUGUCGUUUGGCACUGGGACCAGUACUAUAAGUGGAAUGCCAACUCAUUCUCUGCAUGCAACAAAAUUAUUAAAAGAAUCGACUAGUACUGAUGUGGAACCGCAUCCUCAAGAUGAUAGUUUAGACGGUGGUCAUGCACAUGUUCACAUGCAAAUUAAACCCGAAGUUGAUAUGACCAGUGUACAGCAAUCAAUGCCCUUGGACAUUUCGGCAGCUACUACUCCUUCAGAGCAUGAUGCACCAAAUUCUCAAUCUUCUCAUUCUGAUAUAUCACAGCCGCCUAACGUUGCAGUGAAAACAAUUGUCUCUCAACCUGAGUGCUCGCCACGCGCCGUUAAUAUGGCAAUGUCUCCCUCACCUACUAGCCCACUCCCUCAACAACAGCAACCUGCUACGCAACUGCAGCACCAACAUUCGCAACAACAGCAAAUGGGAACAAAACGCAAUAGAGUGCUCACGCGUCAACCGCGUAUUAAACGCGAUAGUGAUAGUUUAUCAAAUGCUCAAGCUUCACCCGAACCGACAGGUUCAUGUAUCGACUUUGAUCCCUUCAGCAAUUCCCCCGGCAGUAGUACGCAUUCAAAUUUUGCGCCUGCCCAUGCUCACCAGCUGCAUACACAUCCCACACACCACCACCUCCACCACCAACACUUGUUGUCUGUGCCGCCACGUAUUGAACGUCACUCUUCCGAACCAGCACCGAGUUUGACUCCGUCUUCACCACAUUUAUUAUCUGUUCCGCAGAAUUCACCCUUCCUUAUGAAACAGCAUUCUGAUCCGUUACUGCCCACACAGCAUUCGCUUAGUGCUGCUGGCUCAUUAAUAGUUGGUGGCGGUGGCACAAACCCCUUUGCACCGUUACAUCGUCAGUUUUCACACCCACUUUCGGGCACAACCACUAACGCCAGCAGCAGCAGCAGCAGUGCUGGCACGAGUCAUAUCACCAGCAUUUCGUUGCAUCAUCCACAACACAUAUCACUACCGGAAUCAAUGUACACGUCCGGUGGAUCACCACCGCCAGCUGGCUCUUCGCAAUAUGUAGUACCGCAUCAAAUCGUAUCAAGUGGAAGCGGAGGAUCGUCCAAUGAGGUGAUCGGCACUAUGAGUACAUCAUCUACAGCCGCUAGUCCUUCAAAAAUGCUCACCCUACCACAGUUUACUACAACUUAUAUUGAUGACAGUGGUACAGGCGGCCGGACUGGUUCACCGACAACCUCAUCAUCUAUUACUGGCGUCCAGGGUAAUACAUCAAGCGUUAGUUCGGCACCAUUGGAGCGCGUUCGAUCUUCAGAAUCGAACACACCACCACCGACGAGCAAUUUUCGUAGUUCAAAAUCUGCAACGGGUAGUCUAUUAUCGGAGCGUAGAAGCAGUUUGCAUCCUGGAGCCACUGCUACGAGUAGUAGUUCGUUUGAGCACUUACCCUCUUUGCGAGUCAAGAGUGAGGAGUUACAAAGAUCGGUGUCUUCUCCACAAACCUCUCGGGAGAUCAUCACCUUGGAAAAUCCUCGUUCUAGUCAUUGCCCCGUAAUACGUCCCGGACCGGCUCUGGGCUGUAACUUUUGUUGGAACACCAUAGAUGGACAUGGUAGAAUUUUGCGGCGCAAAACUAAAUACCACUGUCCCGAAUGCCAAACGAAUUUAUGUAUUGUACCAUGCUUUCAAGAGUAUCACGAACGACAAAAUAGUGAAGCAGCAAAUGCUUCGUCCGGAAAUGAUAACAACAGUAAAUCAUUCUCAGGAACCACCGGCAGAAGUGGAAGUAGCGGCAGUGGAGGUAGUAGCACUCGCCACUUUUCCAAAACUGAGUCCAUUUGAAAGCGUUAAUUGGUGACGGUAUAUACAUAUUUUGAGAGGUUUUUAUUGUUGAACCGGCAGCAUUUGCUGCUGGAAAUAAAAUUUGUUGUUUGUUAGGAGGGCUAAGGCUACCUUUGACUUUGGACCAAAGGUGUUAGUCAUUUAAGUUCCGCCUCAAAAACAUAAGCAUAUACUUAAACUCCGUAAGUGCGAAUUGAGUUCGCAUGAGGUGUAAGAUAUACUUACAAUAAAUAUUUGUAUGUAAAAAAAAAACUAAAAAAAAAACUAAAAAGGUUAUUGUACUUGAAGCCACAUUUGUAUCUACCAAGAAACUACAUACAAACGUAUACAUAUAAUUGUUUUCAUUGUAAGACUUGUUGCUGUGCAACGAAGUCAAUUUUGAUGUUGAAGUAUUUGCGACAGCACGGGUAAAUGACAUUUUACAGGUGCAAAUGCAUGGCAAUAAAUUUUUUUGUGGGCCUUUUGUACAAUAUUGUUUAGUAGGCUUCGUGCGUAAGAUGUUUAAGCACUAGGUAUUGGUACAAAAGAAAAAAAUAUUAAUAUUUUUCACGAAUUUUGUCCUUUAAUGAACAACUCACUUUGAUGUAAGAUGGUUUAUUACAUAACUAUACAAAAAAAAAAA